AUGGCGGCUCCAGGACAGAGCGGGGCUUCAGGUGGAGGAGGCAGCACGGAGGAAGCAUUUAUGACCUUCUACAGUGAGGUGAAACAAAUAGAGAAGAGAGAUUCAGUUCUAACGUCCAAAAAUCAGAUUGAAAGAUUGACUCGUCCUGGUUCCUCCUACUUCAAUUUGAACCCGUUUGAGGUUCUUCAGAUAGAUCCUGAAGUGAUAGAUGAAGAAAUAAAAAAGAGGUUUCGGCAGUUAUCCAUACUGGUGCAUCCUGACAAAAAUCAAGAUGAUGCUGACAGAGCACAAAAGGCUUUUGAAGCUGUGGACAAAGCUUACAAGUUGCUACUGGAUCAGGAACAAAAGAAGAGGGCCCUGGAUGUAAUUCAGGCAGGAAAAGAAUACGUGGAGCACACCUUGAAAGAGCCAAAAAGGCAAUUAAAGAAGGAAGGAAAGCCUACAAAUGUGGAGGAGGAUGACCCUGAGCUGUUCAAACAAGCAGUAUACAAACAGACAGUGAAACUCUUUGCUGAGUUGGAAAUUAAAAGGAAAGAGAGAGAAGCCAAAGAGAUGCAUGAAAGGAAGCGACAACGGGAGGAAGAGAUUGAAGCUCAAGAAAAAGCCAAACGAGAAAGGGAGUGGCAGAAAAAUUUUGAGGAAAGUCGAGAUGGUCGCGUGGACAGCUGGCGAAACUUCCAAGCCAAUACGAAAGGAAAGAAAGAGGAGAAAAACCGGACCUUCCUGAGACCACCAAAAGUAAAAAUGGAGCAGCUGAGUGACCGCCAAGGGUCACGGCCCAGAACCUUCCCCGACUGUCUCCCUUCUGCUUUGAAGGACUCAUUCUUUCCUCCCAUUUUCACCCCAACAUAGAGUAGUAUUUGCUUUUUAGUCCAUUUUGUUUUCAAUACAAUUUAAUGCCGAUCAGAGUAAUUCUUUUGUACAUUGAAAUGAGGGGCUCGGUUUAAAAAGAAACACCCCCCCCCCUCCGCCCUCACCCCCCAGACCAACUG